CACAUAAGUGAGUGAGUGUGCAAAGAAGCAAGCUUGAAGGACAGCAACACAAGCACAGGAAAAGUCAAACAGUUUAUCAAACUGAUUUCACUUAUCGUGCUUUCUUAUACAUAAUAAUCACAGCAAACUGAAAUAUAAUUUGCGAAUUACUAUACUAUAAUACUGGAGUAUUAAAAUAGAAUUCAAAAUGUUGAGACAAUUUUUUUGAUUGGAAACCUUUUAAAUAGACUCAAUUGCGAGCGCGAAAAGUUUUGCAUUGGAUAAUUAUUGUAUUCCUCUAAAUUUGUAAAUGAAUUACCACCCAAAAUUCGCGUUCAGUGCAAGCGUCGACAUAUGAUAUGGCAUUAACAAAGCGGAUUAAAUGUUUUAAAUAUUUAGUUUACAGCUACGUCGUGCUCUUAAUGUAAUUUGCAGGUAACUGGUGCUGCCCAAAUACUAGUUGGUACAAUUCUGUUAUGGGGUCAUUCUGGUUAUUACGGUAUUGUCCAAAAUAAAUUAUGGGCUCCAGCUGCCAUUCUAUUGUGUUUAGGGCCAAUUACAUUUCUCCUCUGUUGGAUGGGAUGUCAAGCUACAAAUCAAAGAAAACGAUGUCUACUAGGAACGUUCAUAGCGGCAUUGGUGGCGUGCAUUUGCAUUCAAUUCUUCAUAUGUGGCUGGUCGUUGGCAAUGCGUGAGAGCCUUCCAACAUCAGUGGAAAUUUUUAUAGAUGAUUCGUUCGUUGAAUUUCUUGACAAAUUUUCUAGGACAAAGGUUGACAAUUUGCAUUUAUGGAACCGUAUGCAAUCGCAGUUACAGUGUUGCGGAGUAGACGGACCCUUAGAUUACCGUCGGCUGUCCCUGCCGUGGUCUUGUUGCUCUCGACCAGAACAUGCUUAUGAAUCUGCAUGUGACACUCAUUAUAAAAGAGGUUGUUUAUCGGUUGUAUCUGAGCAAAUUAGAAAUCGAUUACUUUUUACUUCAUUAGGUUCUGCAACCAUAGCUGUUGUGCAGAGCUUGGGUUUAUUUUGUGCGGUUCAUUUAGCUAUCCUCUUUGGGAAAAGUGAAAAUAAUCACAAUAUAAGCAACUUGAACAAGAAGCGUCAACAACAAUUUCUUCCUUUAUCAAUACAAGAUAAACGUCAUGAUAUGCCCUCCCCACUGAGUCUCUCACCCUCAGCACCAGGCCAUCGGAUUAUUAAAUCCUCUAAGCCACCAACUAUGCCGAAAUGACAGACAAUUAGUUUUUAAAAUGGACAGAUAAUUUAAUUCUUUACAUAUUGUAAAUUGAGAUGGAAUGUAGAUAAUUGUGACCCUCAA